GGGUGGAGCAGCUGAGAGGACUAUAUAAGCGAGAGCCCUGUGAAGGUUCUUCGAAGAUCUCUUCUGCUCUCGUCAGUGAAACAGCAGCGUCUUCUACAACAUCUUCUGAAUUUUGACCUUCUUUCUUCAGCGCCACAAAUACAGAAGAAAACAAAAUGGAAAAUGCACAGCAAAUAACCAAGCUCGAUAUCUCCACCACUAAGAAAGAAGAGGAAAUACUCUCAGCUCAAGGUUAUCAGUUCAUCAAUGUUAACCUCAAUGAAGCUGCUGGUGGAAACGAGGUCCUUCUUUGGUACAAGAAAGAGUCUGGCAAAAGACCAGUGACCAGGAUCGAGUUCUCAUUCACUGACAAGAUGAAACCUGGUCUGGCUGAUGCUGGGUAUGAGCAAGUCGAGAAGGAUCUGAAUGCAGGAGUUUCUAAUGCAGAUCACAUCUUCCUCUGGUACUUUUACGGCAGCACUGAAUAUGACAUGCCUAUUGUGGACCUCAAGGUAACCAAGGCCGCCAAAGAAGAACCUCCUCUUAUAAAAGAUGGCUGGGAGAGACUGGGCUGUGAUCUGAACCGUAAUGCAUCAAAAACCAUCAUCUACCUGUGGGUGAAGAGAGAGAAGACCAGCUACAUACAGGAGAUCGCAGGAACUGUUGACUUCUCUUCUGACAGUCAGAUGUUUGAGGAGGGCUACACUCGUGUGUGUGAAGACACCAAUCGAAAUGCUGGUGGAAACUACGUCUUCCUCUGGUAUCGCCGCACAACCGAUAAGAGCAAGGCUCUCACUGAUCUCAACGUAUCCACCUCCCACCAGGAGGAAUCAAAGCUUCAGAUCGAAGGCUAUAAAAAGCUCAGUGUUGAUCUCAAUGAAGGAACCAAAGGAAACACUGUCUACCUAUGGUACAGGAAAGAGGAAGGUCAAUCGAUCCAGGUCAUGCUGAUCAACCAUGACAUCUGUAUAUAUCCAGGACCUGUUGUCACCUUUAUCGACAAAAAUCUGAAUGAGGGCAACAAAGGCUGUGCAAUGUACAUUGCCUACAAGUAAAAUCCCAGAAUCAUGCUGCCAUCACAGGAUCUUCUUCAGUUUUCGCAUCAUUAGAUCUAUAUGGCUAUAACUAUAAGCAUAUCUGUUUCUAAUGCAUGAUUUUAAUGUCAAUCUUUAAAGCACAUUGUGACUGUGGCUGUUGUACUGCACUCAACCACACAUUUCAUUUGGCCUCUGUGUUUAUGAUGAAAUCAAUUAUGAAAUAAAGUCAACUUUAACCACAA